AUGGCCAAAAGCUCACGAUCGAGCUCCAAGAAGCAAAACAACCGGCGCAAGGCUGCCACCGUCUUCGGCCCUGCAGAGCUUGCGCGAGAUGAGCGUCUCUCGGCCAAGCUGCUGGACCUGGCAAAGCAGCCCAAGCCCAAGGCCAGCCUCAGAGAUGUGGCCAUGGAGAUAAACGACGACGACGCCAACGAGGCCGAGGCCGAUGUCGACGAUAAUGUCAUGGAGGUGGAUUCUAAGGAGCCGUCCAAGGCCUCGACGGGCAAGAAGCGUGUUGAGAAGAGGAAACCGAAAAAGUCGUCUGUUGUCUUCAAAAAGUACAGCGACAGGCUGGCAGCCAAGAGGAGGAAUAAGACCAAGGAUCCGCAAUGA